UUCAUCCUAAUCUCGGCAACGAAGACAACCAAGGGAUCAAUCAGCUCACUGAUAUUGUGCUUUUAACUUGCCUUUGAUGUCUUGAAGGUAGGUAAUUUUAAGUUUUAAGUAUAACUAUCCAAUCUGCUCGCACUCAGCAGCAGAGUUGCAUCGUACCCUAGAACGAAGACUUGCAUUCAGGAAAGAAACUUAGUAACUGUCUCCAUAAAUAAUGGCCAAACCUUGGAUCGAACUCAAGCAAUUACAACAUAAAUAGGCGAAAGCCUUUGACUGUAGAAAUUGGUCCAAAGUAAAUCGCGUAAACUAACUUGUUCACAAACACAUUAGCUCACAUUAAAACCAACGAAGUUCGUCUAAGAAAUAUAAAUGAAGGGCAUGGAACUGUACAACUACUGUUAAAAAUUCUCUAGAAAAACUUGGUCAAGUUAAGGUCGAGUGCAUAAGUUGUAAGAUAAUCAUGAAAUUAUUUAUUAGGAACCUUGUCGUAUGUUCUAACUAUUACUCAAGAGUGUUAAUGUACUGAUUUCCGGGGUUGUGCCUCAAAUCAUGAUGCUCAAAUCGAUUUAUUGAGAAAGAGAUCGAGUUUAAUAGUACCAUUUGUGAAAUAGAAAUGCCAGUUAUCUACAGUAGUUCUGUGCUACCUUUUUCUUCAGAAACAACGAAAAGAAUGAGAUUUGUCUCUUCUUCUUAAUUCAGUAGUCUUGGUAAAUUGGCUAAACCUGGUUGAUUUAACCGGUGACAUAUUAGACUUCUGGUGUGAGCUUAAGCUCUCCUGCCCUCAUGGCCAUUGAGGACUCAGUAAACUGAAUUCGCUUGCGAAACUAAUUUAGUAGUUUCUCUUUCAAAAGGCAUGCUAUAUAAAGGUUUAUAUAGAGAGAAAACCGUUUACAUAAAAACCCAUAAAACGGCCAUAAAUCGGCCCGUGGACUACACAGGAGAGACGUAACACACAUUUUAAGUAAGGUAAGCUGUUUUUUAUUGAAAUCCUUUCAUUUUCGUAGGUUACGGAAACGAUAGGUUUUUUUCCCAUACAAAUCCUUAUAUUUUGAAUGUUACGCAACAAUGCCGAUGCUCCUUGUCGUAUGUUCUAACCAUUACCCUAAAGGUUUGGUUUUCGAACUCUCUCGAACGAAAGACAUGAGUUCGAUACAGUUUACGCGGCCAUUGAACCAAAUCCGGGAACUAACAAAAAAUAUUCGAGUUGAAAAUAAUCGAAUGCCUUAUUUUUGACCAAGUUCGAUUGAGUUCGGUCAUCGAACGAGGUGGAACUCUUUACAAUAAAACACAAAUGGAACUAAAUCGUUCAAUUGAUCCAGCGUUGAAACAGCCAAGGCGAUUUGAAGUUUUGCUUCUUUCAUUACAGUCGAACCUGUAUAUAACGGCCCUGUAUUCAGGGACACCCAAUGGAUCUGUUCCUCAAAAUAUCUGUUCUUCAGGCAAUUUUUCGCUGGCUGGGAGAUUUGGAAAAAAUAAUAUGUCCUUGAAAGGUGAAAUUGUAGCUGGGAAAUAGAAAGUUCAGGAUGUCUGAGGGGAUUUGGUUCUUUGGUGUCUCGAAUAGCUGCUAUGUGCUAUUUCUGAGACCCACCCGCCAACCACCCCCCCCCCAACUACCCCCCACUGAAGGGCUGAAAUUUCCCUAUGUCCACAACCAAACUGGCCAGAAAUGUCUGGACUUUCGUUUGCUGGGAAACUUCCCAGUAAGUGAGGUUGGAGGUUGUAGGUGCACUUUGCUGGCUGGGAACUCUUCCAUCAGUCUUGCUGGGAGUGAGGAACAGAUAAAUUUUUCCCAGCAAUCUCCUAAAGUGCUUAAAAUGGUUUCAGAAAGCUUUGUUCAUGCUUUGUUGCUGUUUUUACGUCUUUUUCUGAAAAUUUCCCGUUGGGUGCUCCUGUGUAUUAAGCUACUUUUUCUGUGCUACUUUUAAUGGAUGCUUACCGGUUUUCGGGUCCCAUUUUUUCCAAUCGGCCCCGAAUAUCAACUCGGACCCGACUGCGUAAGUCAGCACAAAAUUACAUAUGGCUUAGUUUCCGUUCAAGGGUGGCAGCUAAAUACAGGUAAAAUUAACAACGAAAGAAAAACGUAGGACCUAUACAGGGUGGCCGCAGUCGCUUAAUAGAGUUGGCCGCCUAAAACAGGUAGCAAAAACAGUGUUUCUAUAAGCGAAAAAUCGGGACUGGCCGCUUAAUAGUCAGGGCCGUUACAUACAGGUUCGACUGUGAAUAAAGAAACAAAACUUCAAAUCGCCUUGGCUGUUUCAACGCUGGAUCAAUUGAACGAUUUUGUUCCAUUCAUGUUUUUUUUUUGUAAAGGCUGCACAUUGAACGUAACAUCUAUGAAAUGAUGGAGUGAGUGAGAAAUUUUGUAGUGGACUUUAAGUCAUAAAAAUACGGUAUACCGAAGAAGAGUAGAGGACAAUUUAUUACACAGUUCUUUCACACAAUGUUACGUAUAUGCACGCUCCAAUUGUUUCCUUGCAUGAAGUGUUUUGGUAAUGAUACGUUAUUAAAAUUGACAUUAUACCACGUCCAGUGAGUAUUUUUAGUGAUUACAGUGCGACCACACGAACCGAGGCCACCCGGACAAAAUUUUGAGACAAAUUUUGAAAUUAGCCAAUCACAAGUCGAGAUCUAAACAAUGAAGUUGAGCGUAAUUGUACUCAGAGCCAAUUCAAAAUAAGUUGCGAACCAUUAAGGAUAAGGAAAACCAUUAAAAUAAGGAAUCGUGACGUUUGCACUGUAAAAACAGACCAGUUAUGGUAACUAUAUUAAAAGGUUAUAACCAGUUGCAAAAGGUAAUUUUAACCUAAAAUAAACUAGUUAAAAUCGUAACCUUUAUAUUAUUGGUUAGAUUAACCAAUGAUCAGCAGUUGUUUUGACGGUUAUAAUUCCGUUAGAAUAUCGACAGGUCAAAAUAACUUUUCAUGGCAGUCAAAAUAACGAAACCAAACGGUUAAGCAAAUGGUAAAAAUGUGCAUCUAACCUGAAAUCAGUUGGUUAAAAUCUUUUAUUAACUAUUUGUUGGUCAUGACUAACCAAUAAUGAUCUGUUAUUUAGAGCUAUGAAGUAGGUUAAACACUGAAUGGUCAAAACUGACUUUUCCGAGGGGUUAAACUGAACGGAAAACCACAGAAGGAAAUGGCUACACAAACGGCGGGUAUGAGUUUACAACAACAGAUCAUAAAAGCCUUGUACCCAACCUUAAACGCAGACUUUUCCCUUACGCUGAAGAAAGAACAAAUAAUCAGCAUUUAUUAUGGGAUUUAGGAUAGGUUAAGAUUGAAUAGCCAAAUCAACUUUCCCCAACAGUUAAAAUAUUUUAAAUGACUUGCAUCCAACUCGAGUCUUGCUUCCGAUGACUGGGCUGGUACGCGCGCGCGAGAGGCGAAGUCGCGUGACGCGAGGACUAUUUUCUUCUCUGACGCUUCCCUCGACGGAUUAGCCGAGAGAACUAAUCGUCAUCUAGGUGAAAUGAUUCUUCAAGAUGUCCUGUACAGGUUAUGUCAUUCAAAUCAAUGCUGAGCACCUCGAAAAGCCAACAUCUAUCCUCGCGUGUUUUCAAAAAAUACUUUCGUGUUUUUCACCGGUCACAAAAUUCCAGCGGGUUUCCGGUAUUUAUCUUAAGUGACCUAAAGUAACUCUAUUUCGUCACGUCACGAACCCUAAAUGGCGUUAAAUGUUCUCAGUAAAUUAAAAGUCUUACUCAGUAACCUUUUUAUAAGCUUAAACUAUUUCAUGGUUGGAAACAUGUUAGGUGAGUUUACUCGAAAGACAACUAAGGGCUUUUAGAAAAAGUUGCAUUGUUUCCUGUCAACUGUAGUAUGUUACUUAACACCUUGACGUUAAUCUACUUAGCUAGCCAAUGAGAGACUUGGAAUUUCAAAAUCAAUGCCAAAUUCGGCUCUCAUAGUUCAGUUUUUUAGUUUAACCGCCUUGCGCCAAGCUGAAUUCAGUACGUACUCUUGGUUCAUUGCUGCGAAAAGAAACAUUUUAUAUUUCGCCUGGAUAAAGGCCCUCAGUUAAAAGUCAAUGGGAGCUCGUUUCUUAGUCACGGACAGCAAUGGAGAUGUGGCAAGUAAAAAGGUAAUGUCAUUUCAAAUUUAUGCAAGUCCGAAGAUACCCUGCGAGCAGAGUCUCCUUCGAUCUUCUUAUCUAGGAAGAUCGAAGGAGACUCUGCUCACAAGGUAGUCGGAAGACAACGUCUUCAGAAUAGAUUACUCACUUGAAUUUCAGUCUUCACUGGUUCUACAAAAUUCUUAGCUAACGAAUACCUUGCAAUUCUUUUAUUCAAAGGAGGAUGAUAAGAAGAUCAUGACAGAAUUUACUUCAGUUGACCGCCUGAAAUAGAUAAGCAAAAUAUCUGCCCCGUCGACUAAAGACAAAUGAACACAGGCAAAAUCUCGGAGACUUGUUUCACCGACCUUCACUGAAACAACAUGACCGGUAUGUAUUGCUUAUUUUUAAACAGAACUCUAAAUCGUUUUUAAAAUUAUCUUUUUGCCAAUAAAUAGACGCGUUUUGAGACAACCCCACGCACUUGCGUGGCCCUUUAAAGUUUUCUAAAUGUUCAGUACAGUUGCAUAGAUUUUCCGGUCUUCGGAUGACCAUCUUAAUUGCAAUACUGUACGGCUGUUACAGAGCUAUCAUACGCUAUUACAAAGCUUUUUUUUUAACGUAGCUUUGAGUCGCGCGUUGCUCACGAUGACCACGCACACGCGUGCGUGCGUGUUCCCCACAGGCGUAUCGCUGAAAGACUGAACUUUUUCCUGCGUUAACCAGUGAACUUAAAAACGAAAUAUUUUCGUUUAUUUCAGAAAUAUCACCAAAUUUGAACGACUGAGGGAAUAAACAACUUUGAAUGAAGCUCGGCGAGUACCCAUAUUUUCAUUACAAGCAAGACAAGUCCUGAUCCGGCGGAUGAGUUACCCUCAACGAGCCACUGCUUGGAAUAGGAUGUUUUUUUGCUAUCUAGUAGAAAAACAUGGCUUGUAGAACAGUGAAGGGCACUGGUGCUUUUAGAUCAUAUGCUCCGCUUCAAUCAUUAGCCAAAGAAAGAAAGUUACAUGUACAAUUGGUGAGGAGUUAACUCUUCAAUGGCAAGAUCUUACAAUUAUUAUUUCAUUGAAUCUCACGAAAUUCUUAAUUCCCAAUGUAUUUGACAAAGCAUUUUUGGCAGGAAAGGCACUUAUACCUUAAGGGUUUAAUUUAAUCAAAGUACUGUAUCACUAUUGAUCCUGGAGUUACUUGAAUUUUUUCCUGCUUAAGGAUGUUUCUGUUUUACAAUCAUAUGCCAGUGUACGAAGUCUUGUUUUGCAGUAUUGUGAGAGACAUGCAGUAUUCCAAUUUAAAUUUGCCAUAGUUUAGGAAGCAGGGUUGAUUGUUUAAUCAUUCCUUGUUCUGCUUUAAAUACUUGAAUUAAGAAACAUAAGCAUUUUUUACUUGCAAUGUUGUAUGAUUAUCUUUUUUAUGAAGUUCGUGGUCAACUAUGUUGUUGUUGUUGUUUGUAGAGAACGGUUAACAUAACCAUUAAAAAUGUUGCUGAAGACUAUUAUUGUGAGGUUAAUGUAAUUCAUUAUUAUCAGUUAAAACAACCGUUUUCUUCUAACCCAAAUGGAAUGGUUAAAGCUACCACCUCUUGACUAUUUUAAAUGGGUUACCACAGAUUCAUCAUUAGUACCCAAAAAACUGGUUUACCAUGACCACAAAAAAUGGUUAUUAUAACUUAUCUGUAUGAGUUGAAACAUAUUUAUCUUUUUAUUUCGGUUAUAACAACUAAAAAUUUAAAGUUAGUUUAACCAAAAAGUAGAGGUUAUGACAAACAAGUCAUAAGAAGUGGCGUGGGCUGUGGUACAAACAACCAUCUUUAAGGGUUAAUGUAACCCAUAAAGAAAAGUUAUUUCAACGGGAAUAAAAAAUGCUUAACCUGAACUAUUUUUUUUUGGUUACUGUAACCUAAUAAAAUACGGUUGGUUACCUGGGAUUCAAACCUUAACCAUUUUUUUGAGGUCACUAUAACUGGUCAGUUUUUACAGUGUGUGUAAAUCAAGCUGAAAUAAGCGGCCAGUUCCUCAAGUCCCGAGGGUGGCCGUUAUAGACAGGUUCGACUGUAUUUCCAUAUUCUGAGUUAACUCUAAUUAAUACUGAUUCCUUGUGAAAAGUAUACCAAGGAAAAAUAUUAACUCUCCAAGUCUGCAAACCUAAAUCAUCUUGAACCAUGACCGUUCGCAGAUUUUGUAGUGGCCAUAUCAGUUCGGACAUCGAACUCACAAAACACACACAUAACUGAAAAGAUUCUGUACAGCCCCUGGGGGGGGGGGGGUACUCCCUUAUAAGGGCUUAAUGGGGACGGGCGGCCAGCCAGUGUAUGUUUUUCAGGAUUUUUGUCUUAAACAGGGUGUCGAUUUCAGGCCCGUAGCAAGCAUAAAAUGACUGGGGGGCUGAGCGAGUGGCCCACAUUAACCCCCGCUUCGGUCCCUUGGUUAAAGCAUACUUCUUGGUACAUGUCAGAUUACUACAUUUGUCUACAAUACAUUUUGUUUUCCGUUUGUGUUGACUGACGAAAUAAAGAAGUUGUUUGGGAUAUCUUUCGCUUUUUUUUUUUUAUAAGUUUUAUAAGUUUUUAUAAACAUAGCAUUUUAGGGUUUUUUAAAGUUUUCCAAUCUUGAUGUACAAUAUCACAAUUGAUUUUCAUUCUUAACAUUUUACGAUUUUUAAAGUUUUACAAUUUUUUUACAAUACUUGAUGUAUAAUGUCACAUGGGCUAGAAAUGUAAUGAUUUUUAAUCGGCUUUCAUAAUGUAAAGUGCAUUGAGGAUAGAAAUGCGCUGUAUAAGAAUCUAUAUUAUUAUUAUUAAUAAAAUUUGCCCAACAAUUGCUUUCGGUUUUCUUUCUUCCCAACGAAGUCAUUAGCUACGUCUACAAGGGUCAGAGCAUCUGUUCUGUCCUUGUGAACAUAUAACAUCGAGAGGUGGUUCAGUCUAGAGUCUCCCGUUGUUGAGCGCAAAUGGACUAUCUGAUACGUUAACAAAGACUUGACCUGGGGGGCUGAGUUGCCUCUUUGUCGUUUCCUGUUUGCCAGCUAUUGUUGUCGGUGGCUCCAAAUCAUUUUCAUUUCCGGGUUGUUCUUUGAUUUGGAUUGUUUCUUCGACUACACCAGGCUCUGCGUCACUAUUGCAUGGUUUUACCCACAAUAAAAGUGUUCCCUGCUUAUUUUCGACUUGUUUGGAUUUCUUUUUCGGCGGCUCUUGCGAAGACAUUGUAAGACUUCCAAUAUAAACGCGCAAAAACCUAAGUUUUAAUCUAGUACAGUAGUAUAUUUUACACUGGCGAACCUCAUAGGAAACCAAUAAAGUUCAAGAGGUCACGUUCAGGGAUUGUCAUUGGUGCAUUUCGAUUCAUUAUGAUUUUGCUUCUGACUAUUUUGAUGCUUAAUAAGCAGAUAUUUUAAGGUAUCAGCCACCCUUCAGGACCGUCCGCGCGCGGAUCGCUGUAGCGUUAGUUGUUUUUAUAAAAACCCCUAUAAACCAUAUAUUUUUUAAAAGCUUAAUAAUUCCAGAUUAUGGAUUUGAACUAACAAAAACGAUUUACUUAAAUGUGUUUCGAAAUUGGAACGUUUUGUGUAAAAGUACGCUUCUCUAUAAAUCAUGUUCCACUCCCGCCCGAAAUAAACGGAAGAAAACAACACCGCAUUCGCUUCUCAACACGUUUCACUAAAAAACCGUGUCUCAGAUUUUUGACAAGUGCGUUUGUUUUUCUUUUAUUAGCAAAUGAAGUUGGGAAAGGCAAUUAGUCAACACUCCCCGUGGAAAAAAAGCUCUAGCUUUAAAAUGAAAAGGAGUAUUAAAAUUCGCAGACACGGUUUUGUAGAAGAGAUAUAUGGCAUCACUCUGGCCAAAUUUUAGCCAAAUUGAUUGAAAGGCUGCCGACUUGGAGUUCAAAACGUACGAGUCGAUCGGCAAAAUUUGCGUUCGGAGAUAAAAUAGAAAAUACAUUUUUGGCGGCAUCCUACCUGGAAUGAGAUUAUAACACCUAAAUGUUUAUUCUGAUUGAUAUCAGAGAGGGAUCAAUUUUCUCUAACAAUAGGACUUUGACAGGUAACAUGUAACAGGAACAAACGUUCGCGGCAAGCAAGGGAACAGUUUAAUUCUCCGUUGGAAAACUUCCACUCUUUUACACCACGAGAAGCACGGUUUAAUUCUUUCUCGAGCAAAAGUUUUGCCUCUCCUUCGAUCUUUUUUGUAUGAUCCGCCCAGGCGUUUUUGUCGAUCGGCGCCAGGCCAAGGAAAGUAAAAAAACUUUGAAGCCGCCGAAUGUCCACCACCGAUUGCUCGAAGGCCAAGAACUGAGGCCCGGUUUAUUUCAAACGCUCUCCUCUUCUCGGAAGAACUAAAAACAGAAUUUGUCUUGUGCGACGGACGGCUUUCAUUCUCGCACUGGAUUCUCCAGGUAGAACCAAGUCCAUGCUUAGUCGCUACAUUUUCCAUGACUUGGACUCUUCCCUGGCAAAAUCGACAAGAUACAGACUCGUCCAGUUUCUCAAACAGCUUUUCGCUCGAUACGAUAGCUCGACCGCUUAUUGUUUUCCCCGUUCCAUCAGCAGAUGGGGUCGAUGAGCUUAAUUGGCUUUCUUCAUCUGGCUCUUCAAGCUGGAUUUUGGAGCGGCUUGCACUCUCAUGAUCAGCAACUGCAACAUUUUCGCUUUUCUGAAUAUCCAACUCCUCGAGCCACUUCUCUUGCUGAUAAAAUGAGCCUUUGUCGCUCUCUGCCAAUUUUGCGGCCCAUUCUUUGUCAAACUCGCUCUUCGAUUUCCUUUUCGCUCUCAAUUUCGAUGACGAAAUUUUCUUUUUUUUUGGCGGCAAACGCUAAAUAUCCACGGAGAAUACUAAAGGCUAUAAACAACGCGAAGACAAUUCGCACGUGUUGUGUCGAAGCACGCACUCGGUAUCACGUUACUAGUUCACGGGCAAGUUAAUUGAUAUAUGACACGGGUAUGACAGAUCUUGUCAACGAUCAAUUAAGAUAAUUAACGAGAAAAAUCUUUUACCCCCGAUAUCUUUCGACAGAAAUAAUAUUUUCUUCUAAUUUUUUUUUUAAAAGAAAGCUCUCAAGCAUAUCUAUUUGAAAACGUUGAAACCUCAAAUAUGGAAAAAUGGCAAUUUUAAGGGUGGCUGAUACCUUAAAGCUGUUUGUUGUUUUUGGCAGAGCAAAAAUACGAUUUUGUUCAUUUACACAAUUCCAAAAUUGUACAGUGCUGAGUUGUUCAAAGCUGGGUUAAGAUAACCCAGGGUUAGUGCAAGAUUUGAAUGCAGAUUUGAAAGCUUAAAAAGCAUUUCAGUUUCAAUUCUUUUUGUCUACAGGUUGAUUGGAAGCUUUAAAAAUAACAGAGAAAAUUAUCCGAUAAAAUGCUUUUGAACACAAGAAAAAGAAAUCCGGGUUAAAUUUAACCCCAGGUUAAGCACUAAUCGGCCUUUGAACAACUGGGCCCAGAAGAACAACAGUACAUAAUCUUACUAUGAUCGACAAUACUUUGAAAUUUUAGGUUCCAUUGACAGCUGUCCAUUUUAGUAGAAAAAUUCCACUUUUGCAGCAGAAUUUUAUUCAAGUCUGAAAAUUUGGGGGGGGGCUCGAGCCCCCCCUGCCCCUCCCCCUGCUACGGGCCUGGAUUUUAUCAUUUUUUGUCUUAAUCAGGGUAUCGAUUUUAUCAAUUUUUGACUUAAACAGGGUAUCUUUUCUUGGACGAUAAACAGCCUGCGUGACUCUGUUGAUCAAGCUGUAAAUAGUUUUGUGAUUGCCAAAAUAAUGGAUUAGAUAAGAAAGACUUUCGAUAUUUAUUAUUGUCUUACACAGGGUAUGGUUUUGGGUUAAAUGUCUUAAACAGGGUAUCAAAACUCGGAAUUCUGUCUUAAACAGCUAGGGUAGGAAAAUCAGAGAUUUUUGUCUCAAACAGGGUCAGGGUAUGAGGGGCCGGGCCGCACCUCCUCACCCAAAGUGUACAGUAUGCACUUGACAUCCGCCUUAAACUGUUCGAGAAGAACACGUAACUGCUGAUAGUUAUCCGUGAUAACCUUGGAGCCACUCAACAUUCACUUGCAGACUUCCACGCGCCCCUAGUUCGUUAUCAGCAUGCACUGCUCUUAAACUGUUUGGAGAAGAACAAGAACGCACUGUUGAUAGUUUUGAUGACCUUGCACUUACUCUACCUUCUUUAGGUGAUUUGGAGGGAGUAACAUAGCCUGCGAACGGCAGACGCUUCUCCUCGCUCAUCGCCGCUGAGGGACGUUAACAGGCUAGGAGUAACAGCGUCAGCAAAUUCUUGCAGCUGCAGCGAGUCCAGUUUAAAAUGGGAGAAACGCACGCAUGUUCUGACGAAACUGAGAGCUAUGGGUUAUGAUUAAUUAAAAGGUAACUCUAGCUUGCCGAUGCAAGUAACGAUUGCUAACCCUAAACACUCUGUUGCAUACCGUUUUUAUUCAACACUAACCACGGCUGUCACCGUGUCGUCGGCUAGUUUCAAUCCCAGAAUUCCUUAGUAUAUGGGUUAUAUAAUAGCAAUUAGAUUAGUUAAUUUUAACGACAAAAGUUACAAUUUGCGAACUACUCUACCUGUAAAAAGCAGGGCUAACCUACAAUCACAGACAAAAGUAGUUGGGAAGGUUGUACAACUUAACAGUAGUCCAUUUUAAUCCAAGAGAGUUGUCUCUUUUGCUAAAUAUCCCCCGUCCCCCCUAUUCAAUGUUGGGAUAUAACAGAACAAUUACGCGCACAAACAUUAACGCUUUGAUCAACAUUGGGCCAGGGGCGGGGGAGGAAGGAAAAGAAGAGGUAAAAAGGGCAACCUUCCCAACACUUUUGACGAUGAUUGUAGGUGGGUGAGAGCGCAGUUUCUCCUAGACAACUAUUUUUUAGCCCUCGAAAUAAGUUAUCGUAGGAUUAUUUUUGAAAUUGCAGUCGGAAUUUCCGUUUGCUGAACCUACCCCCACCCCACCCCCAAGAUUCAGAAAAUGACGUAACACUAGAGCUGAUCCUAGAUCGACCCCCGCACUUAUGGCCGCGGGCUCACGGAUCGCCGAAACUGAUAACCUCGGACAAAACUAGACCAAAUGGUGCCUAAGGUUAACUUGUGGAUUAAUUAUUUUAGAAAUGAAAGCUGAUAAUUGACUUGCAAUUCAAUUUAAGUCUGUUAAAAAAUGAAAAUAUGUUUAAAAAAAACAAAAACAAAACGACCAAGAAAAAAGAAAAAAAGGCUUCUUCCGAUGGGAGUCGAACGUGUAAGGGUAGCGCAUUAUCUAUUGUGCCACGACGACUAAUGUAAAACAUGCGCGCAAAACCGUCGCGAAGUCUCUUGCUGACGGCGGAGAAUCACAGUACGAUUCAGCAACGGCAAACAUUUCCUUUUCGAUUGAACAAAGAAACAUUUAAUUUCAGAAUGAUAUUUCACUAACAACCAUGAAAUUGGGAGUCUUGUCGUGAGAAAAGUUAAAAAAUCGUGAGACUCACACAGAAUCGUGAGCUUGAGCCAGCUUGGGAGUCGAAGAGCAAUUGCUGAUCUUUUGUCAUGUUUAUCGUCUGAAUGAGUCAAAAAAGUUGGGCAAAGUGCUAAUUUUAAACAUUCAAAGUCCACAUGAAGACAACUUAUCGUCCUGUGAAGGUACAAUAUCACAACAUCAAAAGCUCUGGGCAUAAUACACGCUCAGCCCUUCUUAAUCGCGGAACGGGAAAGAUCGAUCUACGACAGUUGUCGUUUUGAUAUCGGGCGUUUUAGUGCGGAGCCGACUAACUAAGAACGGUUUCUACUCCCGAGUCACUGACACACAUGCAUAUCGCAGUGCCCACAAAAACUUGUUUCUUACGCUACGCGUAAUCCCCACAAGUUAAAAAUUAAUAUCGCUUAUAAGAAACCGAAAAACGGAACAUAAUAAUCUUGCUGAACUGGUAGGCCGCUAAGGUUCACCGGCAAAAAGUUUGUUCAAAACAUUCUCAUGGAUCGGUCAGGUAUUAGAUUUCAAAACAGCAAAACAAAAGGUCUGCUGGCGCGCUUCGCACCUUGAUGAACCAAUUUGGAGAAAUAAAAACAGACUGAGAUGAAAUAGGUACAAAAGCAUUUGGAGAAGAGCCCGGCAACAAUUUGUAUGCGUAUUAAACAAACUUCUAUGGCCUCGAUGACUGGAUACUAGGGCAGGAUGGUGUGAAUCCUAUGCUCCGAUUGAUUACCCAAAGGGUCAUCAUGGAUUCAGCUUGUCCGCUCGGGAUUUCCCGCUUCGAUCCCGCAAGAAAAGUUCUCUUUUGGCCACAUAAUAAAUCCUUUAUGUUUGACCAACCAUGAGGUCAUUAUGGCUGGAUAUUGGCUACGUUUCUCUUAAAGGACUUUUAGAAAGUCUAUUGGACUUACUAAAAUCUAUAGUAUUUUCUUAUUUUUUUACAGUGCCAUAUUUCAAAAGAAAAAAGGACGGCACGUGAGGAAACUUGUAAGCGAUAAUAAUAGCUUUAACUUUCUAUUUUCUACCGCAAUGGGAUUUGUAGAUUGCAAACAGUCCGUACAUUUGAUCUCUCAAGUACGCGCGAACAGUCAAACAAAAGGUAGGAGGCACACAAACGACAUCUCUGAAAGUCUGAAUUUGUACCGGGGCCGCCGCUCAAGUGUGAUACCUGGAGGGCUCCGCACCCAAUAAACGUCAUUGUCGUGUUAUGAGCUAAUUGAGAACUUUCGCUUUAAAUGAAGUAAGAAGAAAAAAAUAACAAUGCUGUGCACAUUGAAUUUAUAGCAGUAAUUUCUCUGAUGACUGUGCAAAGCUCUGUCUGUAAAAACAUUUUUACAAAUGCUCCUAUCCCAGAGCCAGGACAGAACUUUAAAAUUCCUUGAAGAAGCUUAAAAUCGCAAAUCCAUGCUGUAAACUAUGAAUAAACAGUUAAAACCCUCAAUUUAAACUCAACAUCAACAGAGCGCUCAAAACAAAAUGACAAGACGAAAACACGUAAAAAGCGACUUGAGAGUAUUCCGAGAUAAUUUAGGUCCUCUGCGGGGAAUUAUUAGAGAGGACAAGGAAAUACUUCGCUUUGUACAAAAAACAAUACCGUCCCAUUCUUUACAAUCGGAGAGAAUUUAUCUGGAAAUUCUGAGAAAUUUAUUGCAAAACUUUUCAAAGUCAUCCACCGCCAAUUGAUACUGCACUGUGAUCGCUGGUUCUGUGUACCGCUGCCCCCUCCUCUCAACCAAAAUCGGGGAGAAAGACGUCUUUGUCGCGCCGCUCGUUAAUCGUGUUUUUGUUUCCCCGAUUGUUUUUGAGGAGAUGGGGCGGCCCCACACAGGCUCCUAAUUUCACUGACUAUUUUAAAUAAAAUCUUUCUUUAGCUGUGUACAGACGCCUUCUCCCUGCUAAUCUUUCUUAUACAAACGUGUGACAGUUUAUGUACUCUUUAUAUGCCAGAUAGUCUGAAUUGAGCGAAAUGUCAAACCCUUCAAAGGGCUUUGGCAGCAACGCACAAGAAGAAGAUAUCUCAGAUGGCGCAAAUAGGGGAACUAAGAGGAAGAACACUGACGCCAGUGAAAACCCGCCCCAGCUUGGUGUUAAACUUCCCCGCAUGAGUGAUAUCCAGGUACCAACAAAGCUUCGGAAUCAUGCACGCCUUCCUGUCGACAUUUUGUUACUGACUGUAAAGGACUGUGAGUUCUCAGCUUGCUAUAUGCACCUGAACAAUCCAUUCAGAUGUUGGUUUGAUGAUGUCGGUUUUGUUUAUCUCGAGGAUGAGAAUGAAGGCCAAGAGGAGAAAGUAAAAGUCGCCUUAUUACGAUGUCAUGAAGGUUCUGGUGGUCCAGGAGGCUCCAUAGUAACUACAAAAAAUGCUGUCUCAAUGCUUAUGCCCAAAGCAGUGAUUUUAGUUGGAACCUGCAGUAGCCUUCGUCCUGAGGAAACCAAAUUGGGUGAUGUUGUAAUAUCUGCAAAGUUGACAACAUAUGGAUUGAAGGUAGUGACAAACGAAAGAGAGCUGCACAAUAAUAUAAGAACGUUUGCUAGUAAACGAUUUCUUGACCUCAUUAAGGAUGCAGCACUUGGAUGGGAGGCUCCUUUGAAGAACUCAGAAGAUCGAGAAGUCAAAAUUCACAGCAGCGGUGAGCUGUUGAGCGUUCCAGAAGUAAUCAAUGCAGAAUGGCGGCGUAAACAGCUGGCUGAAACCUUUCCUCAAGCAGUAGCCAUUGACUCUGAAGCCGAAGGUAAUGAAAUCCCAGGAGAAGUAGCCUGGGUCAGGCUCCGUAAUAGGGGGCAAAAGGCAAAAAAAAAGCGGUGAAAGAGCUGAAACAAAUCGGCAAGCGAAGCGAGCCUAGCAAUGGACUGGGGAGGGGGGGGGGGGGUGCGGCGCCACCUCGCACUGCCAUUUUGUCCCCUUCCCAGACUCCCGUUCGAAUCGCUUUGAUGGUCUUUGAUCGCUGAAUAUUUUUUUUCUCCUUCCCCCUCCCCCCGCCCCCCCACUGUGAAACCUGGUCUCAGGCUACGGGGAUUCGCCGGGAAUAUCGUCAGAAAAUAGAGCUAAACCUCUCGGGGAGACCAAUCUGGGUGUGGUUCAGUUUUAGUUGACCUCUAAGACAGACUAUACUAAAAUAGGCGAUCAAUUCUAGCAACAGCUAUAGUGACUGAACGUUGUCAUCAACAUAGUGUGACGGCGUUUGGUUUCUUUCUCUAUAUCCCUUUAGCCGCUACCCUAAGCGAUUGGCGAUACCUGUAUGGGUAAAAAUACUUGUCUCUUUCAUUUGGGUUUUCUAACUGCUCGGGAAUAAAAUACAAUUGAGCGUUUUUCCUCCAUUAAAAAGUAGUCGGAUCACUGCAUCGACACUCGUCGUAUGUAUAGUCCAAAGUGACCCUUGUAGCCUUUCACCGAGUGCUUUAGAGAAGUACAGGUUAGAUAAACAUUGCGUUUUCAAGUAACUUUACCAAGGUAGUUAGAUUUUUAGGCUUUAUAAGUGAUUGAAGCGGCGCGGAUCGAUCUGUGAGUCAUGUAAGGCUGGUUUCAGCGUCAGAAUCAUAUGUUUCUUCCAAGACAACUAUUCUUUAGCAUACCUUGCAUCCCUUUGUUGCCAUCACAGUAGCCUUUGGUAUAGCGAUUUUGAUUUAGCCUUGAAGAGUAGCAAGGAAAACCUGUUUCGAUUCAGAAACCUGACUGAAUUUACAGGUUGUGAUAACGCACCUUUUUAUUUAUUUGACAUCCCGCCUUACAAGUCUAUUUCUCAUCUAUAGAUGGCCCUGUUUAUGAGCGGCGUGUUUCUGUUGCAGGAUUUUACACAGCUGCAUUUGACCUGCGAGUUGAAUGGCUUGUUGUAAAAGGAAUUGCUAAUUAUGCAGAUGGCAGCGUGAAUACAAAUGAAAAUUGGAGCAAAUUUGCAAGUGCUAAUGCUGCUUCUUUAGUUGCCAAAAUUUUGAAUGAUGCUGUUGUCUUCCAAAGAUGGCCUCACUAUCAAGGAAAUGAUGAUCAUGUUAACAAAGGUAAGUUUGUUUCACUAGUUAAUGUUUCUUGGCAUACCCUGAAGCGGAUUAAUGGUCUUAAUGCCCACUUAUGUUCAUACACGCUUAUGUUACAUGUAUUUGUUUACGAUGUUAUGUACUAACUGAGCACUCCCGGUGGGAGGGGUACUCCCAAAUAUGUCAACGGUGUGUACCUCCCAGGGUCUUAUAAUAAUAAUAAUAUUUAUACCCUGACCCUAUUUAACUGGAUGAGAAACACGAGAACUGAUACCAUAUUAAAGGGCCAAAGCUGAAAAACGGCACCCAAUUAAACAAUUUAAGGAGAAAACAAAACCUUAUGAAUUUAACGGAAACACAUAAAUCUUCCUGACAUCGCUUUCCUAAUACUCUAAAGUAAGUUCAGCUUUAGCAGAUGAUUCGUUUCUCGUCAAGCUGGGCACUUACGCACUUGAAUGUUAGCUGAUAUAAUACCGGUGCCCUAUCUAAGGAUCACACAGCGAUGACAACGCCAUAAGGCCAAGAGACCCUCAAAAACCAUACCCUAUAGGGCGGCACAGAUCUAUCUAACCCACUGUAUCAAGCCAAGCCCAUAUCUGGGAGUAACCCCUCCCUCCCCCCGUAUACAGAUCACUCAUUUCAUGCAGUGUAAGCGUCACCAAACUUGACAAAAUUACCAAAUUUAAUUUGCAACUCGAAAAAAGAAUCGCGCUUGAUUCACACUCAGGAAUAUAUAUAAAUAAAGAAAGAUGUGAACUCUACUACAGUAGAACCCCUAUAACUCGAACUCGGAUAACUCGAAUUCCUCGCUAACUCGAACAAAAUUUCCUUUCCCUAAUCAAAAUUUCAAUGAAAUUUACCUCGAAACUGUUUUAACUGUUUUUCGUUUUCCUUUAGAGUUCGAGUUACUGGGGUUCUACUUGGCUGUAGUUCAUGUUUCUUGCCCCAUGCAAGGGAAUCCAAGACAGUCUUAGUUUCUCGAUUCCACGCUGUGGAUUCUGGAUUCUAGGUAUUAGAUUCCAGAUUCCAAUCGUUAGUGGGAUUUCGGAUUCCUUAAGUUGUAUUCCGGAUUCCAAAACCCAGGAUUCCAGAUUUCAUAAGCAAAGUUUUCCCGGAUUCCGAAAUCUGGAUUCCCUUACAUGAGGCGGACGUUUCCCUUUACGGAAGUUUAUAGGAACUCAAACCAGCAAAGGUUUUAUUUCACGCAGUAGGCGUAAACAGAACUAAAUGGGUAGCGGUCGAGAAAAGGGUCGCCAAAUUUGUUUACUUUUAUUUUACUUAAGACUCUUAAAAAUACGAAACCAUAUAUUAUUGCUGUUACAGGUGUGAGACCAUCGCUAUCCAUACCUUCCCUUCCUGCAAUGGUCCCUAAUUUCACUGGACGUCAAAGCGAGUGUGAGGAGAUUACUGGUCACCUGACUUCUGAAUCUACUCGGCUCGUGACGAUCUGGGGUUCACCUGGAUUUGGAAAAACAUCGGUUGCGAUUACAGUGGGACACGAUCUCCAGUCUAAAGGAAUGCCGGUCUGUUGGCUUUCAUUACGUGAACUGAAGUCAAAAACAGAUCUGACUUCAAAGCUUCUAAGCCUUGUUAAGCCAUCUGUCAGAAAUGACCAUCCAUCCCUGUCGUAUCCAUCCCCAGAUGAUCAGCUUUGCCUACUUUUAAGCGAAAUUUCCGAUCGAUCUAUUUUCAUUCUUGAUAAUGCUGAUAAUUUAUUAGAAGAUGGUGAGCCAGGCGUGAAGAAAGAGGUCAUAGGACUAUUGAAAGAAAUUCUCAGGCGAAGUAAGGCGACCAUAUUUGCUUUAACAACGAGAGAAUCGCUAGGUUUUCUGAAUGUGGAUUUGCAAGGCCACGAGAGUGUAAGAAUCAGACCAUUGGAUGAAGACUCUGCAAAGACUUUAGUAAAAGCCCUUCUUCCGACAGCAACUUCUUCAGACUGUACACGAAUCUUGCAAAUCUGUGGAUUUGUACCCUUCGCAAUAAAGUUAUUGUGUUCCUCAGUUUCUGAAGGUGAGGCUCAACCAAGCCAAUAUCUCGAUGAAUUCAUGCAGUUCGCCUCCACAGCGAGUAUCGCCGAGAUGUUAGACAGGCCAGAUUACCCAGACGAGUAUAGAUUACAGUCUCUUUUUGAGUUAUCUUUUGAGAGGCUCACUGCACAGGAGAAAAAGGCACUAGUGUCAUUGAGUAUUCUUCCAGAGAAUUUUGGUACGGAGGUCGCUGCUGCUGUUUUAGACGAAAACAAUCUUCAGGCCAAGAAGCUAUUGCACGGCCUUCGGAGAAAGUCCCUUCUUGAUUUAGAUGAGAAACAAGAGGUAUUUACGAUGCACAAGCUGCUACAAUCUUUUGCACGAGAAAAAGGAGAAAAUGAAAUGAAAGACACGGUCCUUAAAUCAAAGGAACGAUUGAACGCGUUUUACGUGUCCCUUUUUCAGAAGCUAAAUGAGCAGUUUCUGACUGGUCAUUCAAUGACAGCGUUUCUUAAAUUCUAUGAAGAUGGGCAAAGUAUUGUUCAAAGCCUUUUAAAUACGCUUGCGAAUGCGAAGACAGCUAGCACUCUUUUUGAUGUGUUAUCUAAGGGAGAGUUGUUUCUUGCUACUCUUUUUUUUAAUGAAGCAUCAACCUUUAACAAGAUAUACGAUUCAGCAAUUGAGGCUACGAAGAGAUUUGAGACAAACGAGUCUUAUAGUCGAUUACUUGUCUCAAAGGCGUUUGGAGAAGCAUGUUGGGGUGCAAAGGGAAGCACGGUGCAGAUGCUUUGUAGAGCGAAGGAAGCUGAAGCUGAAGCUUCACUGCCUUCAAUUUCCAUGUCAGAACUACAAGGAAAACGUCUGUGUUAUUUAGGUAUCAACCACCUUGUUAACCGCAAGACGGAAGAUGGAAUUCGGAAUUUGCAAGACUCUCUUCAGAUGUUUAAUGGAAGUCCAGAUCAGAAAAGUCUUACACUCAUUACUCGUCAAAUCCUUGCAAUAUUUUCCCAAUUUCAAAACACUUCGACGGAAUUAAAUGAAUUACUUGGCAAUGCAGCGGGAGAUACAGACCAACUGCCGUUGUUAUCUUUAAAACAAGAGGAAGGAAGGAAACUUGGCAAUGUGACAGAAAAUCGAAGAGGUAUUAUCGGCGUUUCUGACAACCCUUUAAAACUGGAAAUAAUCUUUAUCGUAAGCCAGACCAUGCAGAAUUUCUUAAAUGCUGAAACUAAACAACAUUUCACAAAUAUUUUACAUGACAUGCUGAGCCAGAUCGAAAGAGAAGAGCACAUCUCCGAAGGUGUCUGUAAAUUUCAUAGGCAGCUUCUGUCUGUUUUAGAUGAAAUGGAAGACACCACAUUACAGUGUCAAAUGAGAAUUAUUUUCCAUCAAAAAGCUCUAGAUCGGUGUAGUGAAAAAACACCCUCGUAUCGGGUACACAAGGAAGCACUUGCAGCGUGCUACCAAGACCUUGGAACCACUCAACAUUCACUUGGAAACUUCAACGCAGCACUAGAGUCUCUUCAGCAUGCACUUGACAUCCGCCUUAAACUGUUUGGAGAAGAACACGCACACACUGCUAAUAGUUAUCAUAACCUUGGAACCACUCAACAUUCACUUGGAAACUUCAACGCAGCACUAGAUUCUGAACAGCAUGCACUUGACAUCCGCCUUAAACUGUUUGGAGAAGAACACGCACACACUGCUAAUAGUUAUCAUAGCCUUGGAACCACUCAACAUUCACUUGGAAACUUCAACGCAGCACUAGAUUCUAAACAGCAUGCACUUGACAUCCACCUUAAACUGUUUGGAGAAGAACACGCAGACACUGCUAAUAGUUAUCAUAACCUUGGAACCACUCAACAUUCACUUGGAAACUUCAACGCAGCACUAGAUUCUGAACAGCAUGCACUUGACAUCCACCUUAAACUGUUUGGAGAAGAACACGCAGACACUGCUAAUAGUUAUCAUAACCUUGGAACCACUCAACAUUCACUUGGAAACUUCAACGCAGCACUAGAUUCUAAACAGCAUGCACUUGACAUCCACCUUAAACUGUUUGGAGAAGAACACGCACACACUGCUAAUAGUUAUCAUAGCCUUGGAACCACUCAACAUUCACUUGGAAACUUCAACGCAGCACUAGAUUCUGAACAGCAUGCACUUGACAUCCACCUUAAUUUGUUUGGAGAAGAACACGCAGACACUGCUAAUAGUUAUCAUAACCUUGGAACCACUCAACAUUCACUUGGAAACUUCAACGCAGCACUAGAUUCUAAACAGCAUGCACUUGACAUCCACCUUAAACUGUUUGGAGAAGAACACGCACACACUGCUAAUAGUUAUCAUAACCUUGGAACCACUCAACAUUCACUUGGAAACUUCAACGCAGCACUAGAUUCUGAACAGCAUGCACUUGACAUCCGCCUUAAACUGUUUGGAGAAGAACACGCACACACUGCUAAUAGUUAUCAUAGCCUUGGAACCACUCAACAUUCACUUGGAAACUUCAACGCAGCACUAGAUUCUGAACAGCAUGCACUUGACAUCCACCUUAAACUGUUUGGAGAAGAACACGCAGACACUGCUAAUAGUUAUCAUAACCUUGGAACCACUCAACAUUCACUUGGAAACUUCAACGCAGCACUAGAUUCUGAACAGCGUGCACUUGACAUCCACCUUAAACUGUUUGGAGAAGAACACGCAGACACUGCUGAUAGUUAUCAUAACCUUGGAGCUACUCAACAUUCUCUUGGAAACUUCAACGCAGCACUAGAUUCUGAACAGCGUGCACUUGAUAUCCACCUUAAACUGUUUGGAGAAGAACACGCGGACACUGCUAAUAGUUAUCAUGGCCUUGGCGUCACUCUACAUUCACUUGGAAACUUCAACGCAGCACUUCAUUCUACACAGCAUGCACUUGACAUCCGCCUUAAACUGUUUCGAGAAGAACACGCAGACACUGCUAAUAGUUAUCAUAGCCUUGGCAUUACUCAACAUUCACUUGGAAACUUCAACGCAGCACUAGAUUCUAAACAGCGUGCACUUGACAUCCGCCUUAAAUUGUUUGGAGAAGAACACGCAGACACUGCUAAUAGUUAUCAUAGCCUUGGCGUCACUCAACAUUCACUUGGAAACUUCAACGCAGCACUUGAUUCUAAACAGCAUGCACUUGACAUCCGCCUUAAACUGUUUGGAGAAGAACACGCACACACUGCUAAGUUUUAUCAUAACCUUGGAGCCACUCAAUAUUCACUUGGAAACUUCAACGCAGCACUAGAUUCUGAACAGCAUGCACUUGACAUCCACCUUAAACUGUUUGGAGAAGAACACGCAGACACUGCUAAUAGUUAUGAUAGCCUUGGCAUUACUCAACAUUCACUUGGAAAUUUCAACGCAGCACUAGAUUCUCAACAGCAUGCACUUGACAUCCGCCUUAAACUGUUUCGAGAAGAACACGCGGACACUGCUAAUAGUUAUCAUAACCUUGGAAUCCCUCAACAUUCACUUGGAAACUUCAACGCAGCACUAGAUUCUGAACAGCAUGCACUUGACAUCCGCCUUAAACUGUUUGGAGAAGAACACGCAGACACUGCUAAUAGUUAUCAUAGCCUUGGCAUUACUCAACAUUCACUUGGAAAUUUCAACGCAGCACUAGAUUCUAAACAGCAUGCACUUGACAUCCGCCGUAAACUGUUUCGAGAAGAACACGCGGACACUGCUAAUAGUUAUCAUAGCCUUGGAACCACUCAACAUUCACUUGGAAAUUUCAACGCAGCACUAGAUUCUAAACAGCAUGCACUUGACAUCCGCCUUAAACUGUUUGGAGAAGAACACGCAGACACUGCUAAUAGUUAUCAUAACCUUGGAACCACUCAACUUUCACUUGGAAACUGCAACGCAGCACUAGAUUCUGAACAGCAUGCACUUGACAUCCACCUUAAACUGUUCGGAGAAGAACACGCAGACACUGCUAAUAAUUAUCAUAACCUUGGAGCUACGCAACAUUCACUUGGAAACUUCAACGCAGCACUAGAUUCUGAACAGCAUGCACUUGACAUCCGCCUUAAACUGUUUGGAGAAGUAAACGCAGUCACUGCUAAUAGUUAUCAUAACCUUGGCAUUACUCAACAUUCACUUGGAAACUUCAACGCAGCACUAGAUUCUAAACAGCAUGCACUUGACAUCUGCCUUAAACUGUUUGGAGAAGAACACGCGGACACUGCUAAUAGUUAUCAUAACCUUGGAAUCACUCAACAUUCACUUGGAAACUUCAACGUAGCACUAGAUUCUGAACAGCAUGCACUUGACAUCCACCUUAAACUGUUUGGAGAAGAACACGCAGUCACUGCUAAUAGUUAUCAUAACCUUGGCAUCACUCAACAUUCACUUGGAAACUUCAACGCAGCACUAGAUUCUAAACAGCAUGCACUUGACAUCCGCCUUAAACUGUUUGGAGAAGAACACGCAGACACUGCUAAUAGUUAUCAUAGCCUUGGCAUCACUCAACAUUCACUUGGAAACUUCAACGCAGCACUAGAUUCUGAACAGCAUGCACUUGACAUCCGCCUUAAACUGUUUCGAGAAGAACACGCAGACACUGCUAAUAGUUAUCAUAGCCUUGGCAUUACUCAACAUUCACUUGGAAACUUCAACGCAGCACUAGACUCUGAACAGCGUGCACUUGACAUCCGUCUUAGACUGUUUGGAGAAGAACACGCAGACACUGCUAAUAGUUAUCAUAACCUUGGCAUCACUCAACAUUCACUUAGAGACUUCAACGCAGCACUAGAUUCUAAACAGCAUGCACUUGACAUCCGCCUUAAACUGUUUGGAAGAGAUCACGUAUGUACUGCUGAUAGUUUUCUGAGCCUUAUCACCACGCAGUUUUCACUCACCAACGCCGCUCUAGAUUCUUUAUUUACGGCACACACUUAA